CUUGUGACAUCUUAAGAACUCCUAUACAUAGGUAUCAAAUGCGUUCAGGUCACUCAGUUAAUAUGUAGAUUUCUACUUCCAUAUCUGCAGGAGAUGCCGGGCUCGGCCACGUGCGCUUAGGAUCCUGAGCGACUCGAGUACAAUGGAUACCACGUGGACGUCAGAUCCUACCCGAUAAUUGGACUCAUUGUCCCUUCCACAUGGCUCUUCUAAUCUCUGCAAACUUGUGAUGCUACCCAAAAUUUUAUUCCAAGGGGACAAUUGGAGCGGUGAUCGAUGUCCUGCAUUAUGGCGUUGUACCUGGAAGCCACCGUGUGUCGGUGCUGGAGGGAGAAAGAACAAAAAGAAUGCCUACUCCUUUGAGCACAGAUUACAACCUCAAAGCAUACAAUGGCACCGAGCGUCGAUGGAUGACUUCCAUUCGGCCAAAGUCACGGCCAAAUAUGGAACAAAGCAUUACUCAAAGACUCGUCCUCGAUGGGACCAUUGUUCGGCUCCUCAAAAUAGGUCGUUCAAGAUGGCUCGGUGGUCGAGUGUUCUUUGUCGACACGCCUCAUUGUGCUUCGAAAAUCGAGCCUGCUUCCUAAAGACCCAUGGUCUAUAUAUCUCCCAUAUCGACCUUCAACUCCUGCCUGGCUGUUUUUGUGUUCAUCCCACUACUAGUACUUCCUGGAGAAGUACUUGACCAACAGGUUACGGACCCAGCAUAACUCGAAAAAAAUUACUCACUUUCUCGUCUUUCCUUCAACUACACAGCAGUGUCUGGUACACUACUGAUCGAUACACCACUUCCCAAAGGCGUGCUUCACAUUGAGCAAAUCUUUAUUCUUACUACAUAUAUAUACAUACAAUGGCUGCAGCCGGACAGAAACGCCGCCGAGCCGAUUCCGAUGACGGUGACAGUGGCCGGUAUCCCACAGGCGGCACUCCCCCUGCGGACACUCCCCCUAUGAGCAAUACCCCCAUGGACCUUUCACCUGCUGCGCCUUCUACCCCGCCUGCAACUGCAACGGCGACUGACCCAACGGCAGGUGUCAAUGAUAUAGAUGACUUGCUCCGAGCUGCCAUGGUGCAAGCCUUGCUCCCCGAAGCAGCACCGGAUCAUGUGUUGGACCAUUUUCUCGAGGCUGCGAACUGGGACGUCAAUCUUGCCGUGGCCAACUUCCGCGCGCAUCGACAUGCUCUCUUCAAUCCACUCGUGGUGGCACCAACCGCGUCCAAUCCAAUCGUGAUCAAUUCAUCCACGUCCAAUACACCCGUGCCCAGUCCGACUCAGCGGAGAGCGUCGGGUGAUUCAUUUACCACGGCAUCGGACGAGAGCGAGGACGAGAAGCCCGUGUACAAGGGGCGCUUCAAGAUGAACAACGAAGAGCAGCGGCGCCGACUGGCAUACACGUUGAGACGUGCGUUGAAAGCACUGUACCCCAACUAUGAUCUAAGUCCGCCAGAGGCCAUCCUCCUCCUUGUCAUGAAUGGUUGGUCGACCGAUGCCGUCUUGAGAACAAAGAAGGGUACUUGGGGCAUGAGAAACCGCCUCAAUAAUUCGUACGAUCACAUGAGACUCCCGAUUCGUUCCAGCCCCCAGGACACGGACAAGGACAAGAAACAGCAAAUCCUGCAGCGAGACGAACGUCUGGCCCUGCUGAUCGACGCCACUGGUCGCUCCGAUUGGGUUUCGUUGCGCGAGCAUCUGGAGGCGUUUGAUUGGAACGUUGUGGACGCGAUUUCAAGCUGGUUCAGCGCUGGAAUUGAGCCUGACCCCAAUGCUCCAUGGCAGAACAAGCCGAAGCAGAAGAAGAAUGAGAAGACGUUCCGAGUUGGUCUUCGACAGUGCGAAAACGGGAGGUAUGUGAAACCACCUGCCGACGACAUGUGGAAAGCGCCGGCUAUGGAUAAUGAAUGGGCUCCCGAUCGAUCCACGUUCGAACCCGACGAGGACGAACCAGAUUCCGGUUCGGACGAUGACGAUGAUGAUGACAGCGACGCGGAAGGUCAGAGGCUGAUCAGAAGCGACGCCAAGAGACAGCCUGGGAUCGAGAUCAACGAAGACCUCGCCACCGCCAAGGUUGGCCAGCCAAACAAGUACAAGCUCAUGCAGGAGAGAAUCGAGAAGGGAAAGUAUGAGAACCACCGUUUCGUCAACAAAUUCGACUGGGGUUCUAACGUCCGCAUGGAUCUCUUCAAAGGCGUCCGCCAGGAUAGGGGUAAGUUGAUUGGCCCCUUUGACUGGAACAACAAAGACCAUGUAGGCAAGCUGAACCAAUUCCGGCGUCAAAACCUUCGCAGAGACACCCAGUUGCUGAAACGACAGGGACAUCAGCCGUGGACCGAUGCGGAAAAUGAAUUUCUGUACGAAUUGAACGAGGAGAAGGUGCUGGACCGCAUGAACGCGACUGGCAAGACCCGCGACGAAAUCAUCGACGGAUUCAGCAUGUCCAAGCAGGAAAAGCAGGAGUGGGCAGACCGGUUCAACCAAAGGUUCGAAGGCAAAACUCCCAAAGGGGCCGACGAGCCACGGAGAGCCCGCAAGGCAGCCGCCCUCAUGACCCAGAGGAACCGAAAUGAGGAUAUCAUUAGGGACUUCCGCGCCGCGAGGGAUGAAAAGUACUUUGAGAAGAAGGAAAGAGCCGAGAACAACAGGAAGAAUGGCACGUCCAAGACCAAGAAGACGAACAACGCCGCCGCCGCCGCCGCCGACGACGCGACCGAGGACGAGGACGCAGAGCAAUAAGAAGUGGGUGCCAGGAUCUGACGGCUAAUUCAGCAUGUGUCAUUGGGAAUUCGAUAAACGCGCAGGUCGCGUGGAGGAACUAAUACUAAUUAAUACCAUGGUAAGUGCUUGUUCUGCUGGUGUACACAUAAGGUAAGACGCAAGAAAAUGUUAUUACAAGCCGCAGGAUCGGAGUCCUGUUCUUUCGAGCAUAUAUAUGGUUUCUGUUGUUGUGGAAUGUUGUUUCUAUGUGGUGCCUUGCCUUGUUCAGCCACAUACCAAUGCGGGUUUGGGCAGGUCACCGGAGGUAGGUUCGGAGGUGUUUGGCACGGUGACUGAGCUGUCGGUUCUCUGGAUAGGGUCACCUGUUGUUUCGGUCUUUUUUUCUAGAGCCAUUUUGGCCAUCGCUUUCUUGCUAAGAUGCAGUGAUCCAUUUUUGAUAGCUUCCUCCGGUAGUAACCGAAUGUAUGGUUGACAAACCCA